AUGCGAAAGGAUUCCUGCGUGGUUUGUGGAUUCCCAAUUUUCCUCGCGGAAAAGUUGGUGCUAUCCCACGUCGCUUAUCAUCGUACUUGCUUCCGUUGUGCUCGAUGCAGUAAUCAGUUAACAAUCGGUAACUAUUACGAAACCGAAGAAGGACAGUAUUGCUGCGAAAGAUGUCCAGACGAAGAAAUUCCCGCGUUGCAAAAUUGCGACGACACUGCGUACAGCGGAAUUCUAAGCAGCGAGAUCGAUUCGAAUUACACUCGACUCCUAAAGACCGAAGAAAGCAUAAGCAAACAACGUGACCUCACCCAGAAAUUAGACCGCGAAGAGUGCAUCGUUCCUGACAUCAUAGCACAAACUUCUCGACUGCGACUAAAUUUCAUAUCGAAUCAAAUGCUUUCGGAAAACGACGAACAAGUCACUGGUAACACGUAUACGAACGAGGGUCGAAACGAAGUUAAAAGGGGUCUCGUGCAUUCAACAACUGGAAACACGAGUUUGACAUCUCCGGUCAGCCAUGAGUAUGGAAAAGAGAAUAAAAAGGAACGCGAGCUUGAUUGUGUGGCCACUUCUUUGAAGCAAGAAUCUCACGAUCGAAGGGGUGUCAUUGAAACAGUAAGCGAAAAAUUGUUAAACACGAAAGGCUAUAUGCACCAUCGAUUGAACUCUGACAGACACAAGCUCAAAGAAGCGUCACCUUCUUCGUCCCGUGAUAUAAACGGGGAGAAAUCACUGCCUCAAAGGAACGAUAAAGAAAUAUCGAAGCAGGUCGAGGAUCGCACGUAUGCUACGAGUACUCCGUCCAUAGUUCAGGAAAGACGUAAGAUAUUCGAGAGGAAGGAGGAUCAAGUUGAUAAAAAUGAAGGGAAAUGUCGAGACUCUGAAGUAUCGAUAUACAAGGCACAUGGCAAGCACGAGGUAUCAGGAAUCAUUGAAAGUUCAGCGAUGAUUCCAGAUACGACGCAAACUAUCGGUCAAGAAGAUGUUUCAUUAGACGAUGUUAAAAGUUUCAGUGCAGACAGCUCAGUGCACACCAUUUCCUCCGAUCUAUCGGAGCCCACUCGCGAACGAGUAGUUGCAGAAAAUUUGUCUCCUUCGAUGCCUGCUGCGGAUUCGAAGGAUAGUGAAUGUCAAGUAUCUACGACAGUUAGGAAUGAUGUUAAAGCAAAGACUAUGCCCGCUAAUUCGGUGAAAAAUUAUCCCGAAGAUCUGAAUCCUUUUAAAUGCGACGAGGAGGAAGAGGUUAUGGAUAAAUCUAUUUCAACUACGAAUACGGCAGGGAGUAGUGGAGACUUGACCAAUCCAUUUGGAAACGACGAGAAAACGGAAGAUGAAAUCGCGAGAGAGAAGGAAGCUAUUCCUCCGAAGCCGGCUAUGAGGAAUAGUAACAAAGCUAAUCCGCAGUUUUUAAUGGAAAGACCAACGAAACGACGAUUAAUCGCGCCACAAAUUAAUUUAAAUCCUUUUUGGAGCGACGACGAUGAUCACGAUAGCGAUUUGGAAUCAAGAGAAAGAACGUCUGACGUUAUGCCCACUCCUAAACCACGCACAAUUAAGUAUGUACGAAAAUAG